GAUACGAUUGUUUGGGUCUGUGCAAAUUGUUGGCUACGGUUUGAGUUUUUGUGAGCAUGCCAAAUCCACGCCAUUCUCAAACGAGGUGGAUUGCGUUGGAUAAUAUAAAUUUGGCUUGGCGUGACAUGUGAGAUUAAAUACAUACGUUACAACUGGUAUGAAUGCGAUUGAUGUUUCUGUGCGUCCACCGAUGAACACAAUUACGAACGAAUCUGACGACAAUCACAACAGUGAAUACACUUCGGAAGCAAUAGCAGAUAACGUGGACGCCGAAACGUAUAAUGAAGUAUGGAGGUAUAAUGUCGGCAGUGGUGAACCUUACGCCGAUUCUGUAAUAACGGGUACUGCAGACAUAAUGAGUGGCCGCGUGGAUAAUGACAAGUCUUAUUAUUACCACUCAACGGGGCCGAAGCUGCAUGUACCUACGGAUCCACCAUAUGUAAGCCAUAUGCCGGAGGGUCAAAAUGCCGGAGGUGAUAUAUCUAGGCACACUAAGGAUGGCGUCGACGGAUAUAUCACUAAUGCCUCUAUGUUGGUUGCCCGUAGUUAUGAUGAGUCUCUUACGUCUGCGUUGACGAACCCUGCUGGUUUACAUGACGUAGGGAUCAAGUCGGAGACAACAUCAAGUUUCAGUGGUACUCCAAGGGGUGUCAACGACUUUCAGGUCACUCAGACUCUCCCACCAAUAAACGGUGACUUUCAAUCUGCAGCUGAGAUUCUUACCUCCGGUAAGCAUGCAUCGUCCUCGUCGUUGGGGGAUCUGCAAUGCAAUGUGAAUUCUAGUUUGUAUUCUGGAGAUGGCCAAUCCAGUUCGAACAGGACUACUACUGGGGAUUCUCACAUAUCUGAACAACUGCAACAAUGCCUGUUCAACGAAGAGCAGGUUUAUGACACCUUUUCAAAUUCCGUGCGCUACGUUCAAGGUCCUCUUGGUAAAGAGCUGCCAUUGCCAUAUGAAUCCACAGCUUAUGCUACUUCAUCAGGCUUGGAUUAUGAUAUGAUAUCGCAGAGUAGUACUUCCUUCACUGGUUUUGAGCGUCGGGAACUUGAGGGUGACACAUCGUUACCUAUUGCGAACAUCGGUCGUCUUAUGAAAAGCGUUUUGCCUGGUUCGGCUAAAAUUGCCAAACAAGCAAAAGACAUAAUCAGAGAGUGCGUGACGGAAUUUAUAUUAUUCAUCUCUUCAGAGGCAAGCGACAUAUGUACCAAGGAAAACCGAAAAACUUUAAGUGCGGAUGACAUUUUAGUUGCAAUGAACACUUUGGGUUUUGAACAUUACAAUGAAGCACUCCGCAACUAUCACAGUCGAUGGAGAGAUCGUGAUCAUUCCUCCAUGAUUGGCAACUGAUUUGUUGAACAUGAUGUUGC